GGGGGGCCGCGCCGGCCGAUGGCGUCAGCGCGCCCGGCCCCGCCUCCCGAGGCCGCUUCCGCCGCGGCCAGUGCGGCUCCGGUGUCGGCGGCGCGGCGGGGGCGAGCCCUCUCUGCUUGCCCGGGGCCGGGCGUCGCGUGUGUCCCGGCGGGGGUGGCGGGCCCGCCGGUGAGGGAGCAUGGCCGCCCCCGGGUCGGAGAAGAGCGGCAAGAAGAAGACGGAGAAGAAGCUGGCCGCCCGCGAGGAGGCGAAGCUGCUGGCGAGCUUCAUGGGGGUGAUGAACGCCAUGCGCAAGCAGAAAACUCUAUGUGAUGUCAUUCUUCUGGUUCAAGAAAGAAAGAUCCCAGCUCACCGUGUUGUUCUUGCUUCAGCCAGUCACUUUUUUAACUUGAUGUUUACUACAAAUAUGCUUGAAUCGAAGUCCUUUGAAGUGGAGCUAAAAGAUGCAGAACCUGACAUUAUUGAACAGCUUGUGGAGUUUGCUUAUACUGCAAGAAUCUCAGUUAACAGCAAUAACGUCCAGUCUUUAUUAGAUGCAGCAAACCAAUAUCAGAUUGAACCUGUGAAAAAAAUGUGUGUGGAUUUUUUAAAAGAGCAAGUCGAUGCUUCCAAUUGUCUUGGUAUAAGUGUGUUAGCAGAAUGCCUAGACUGUCCAGAACUGAAAGCCACUGCAGAUGAUUUUAUCCAUCAGCAUUUCACUGAAGUUUACAAGACAGAUGAGUUUCUUCAGCUUGAUGUUAAGCGUGUGACACACCUCUUGAACCAAGAUACGUUGACUGUGAGGGCAGAAGACCAGGUUUAUGAUGCAGCAGUCAGAUGGCUGAAGUAUGAUGAGCCAAAUCGCCAGCCAUACAUGGUUGACAUUCUUGCUAAAGUCCGAUUUCCUCUUAUAUCAAAGAACUUCUUAAGUAAAACAGUUCAGGCUGAACCACUUAUUCAGGAUAACCCAGAAUGCCUUAAAAUGGUGAUCAGUGGGAUGCGAUACCAUCUACUUUCCCCAGAAGACAGAGAAGAGUUAGUGGAAGGUACGCGACCAAGAAGAAAAAAACAUGAUUAUCGCAUUGCUUUGUUUGGAGGCUCACAGCCCCAGUCCUGCAGAUAUUUUAAUCCAAAGGAUUACAGCUGGACAGACAUCCGAUGUCCCUUUGAAAAGCGCAGGGAUGCAGCUUGUGUCUUCUGGGACAACGUAGUUUAUAUUUUGGGUGGUUCCCAGCUCUUCCCUAUAAAGCGAAUGGACUGCUACAAUGUGGUGAAGGAUAGCUGGUAUUCCAAGCUAGGACCUCCAACACCUCGAGAUAGCCUUGCAGCCUGUGCUGCUGAGGGCAAAAUUUAUACAUCUGGUGGUUCAGAAGUGGGAAAUUCUGCACUAUAUUUAUUUGAAUGCUAUGACACAAGAACAGAAAGCUGGCACACAAAGCCCAGCAUGCUGACUCAGCGAUGCAGCCAUGGAAUGGUAGAGGCGAAUGGUCUCAUUUAUGUAUGUGGAGGAAGUUUGGGAAACAAUGUUUCUGGAAGAGUCCUAAAUUCCUGUGAAGUUUAUGAUCCAGCUACUGAAACAUGGACGGAGCUGUGUCCAAUGAUUGAAGCCAGGAAGAAUCACGGGCUGGUGUUUGUAAAGGACAAAAUAUUUGCUGUGGGUGGACAAAAUGGCUUAGGUGGCCUUGAUAAUGUAGAAUAUUACGAUAUCAAGAUGAAUGAAUGGAAGAUGGUGUCUCCAAUGCCAUGGAAAGGUGUAACAGUGAAGUGUGCUGCCGUGGGAUCUGUAGUCUAUGUCCUGGCUGGUUUUCAGGGUGUUGGUCGAUUGGGGCACAUUCUUGAAUAUAAUACUGAAACAGACAAGUGGAUAGCCAACUCUAAAGUCCGUGCUUUCCCAGUGACAAGUUGUUUAAUCUGUGUUGUAGACACUUGUGGGGCAAAUGAAGAAACUUUAGAGACCUGAAGACCUGUAGGAGACGUUGAGACAUUCUUCAAGGACUUGGGGAAAGAUGGCUAUUGGUGCUUUGCUUCCAUGUUUUAUUGAAUCUUGUUAAACUGAGUAACAGGAAAAACUGAGAUGCGGUCUUUCAAUUUGUAUAUACAGCACAUUGUAUAACAUGGAUUUCGUCAUGCCCAUUUUCUUGUCUGUUUUAAGAGAUGGGGAUGUGUUUUGAGAAUCCACUUACCUAGCUGAAAUCAUAUGGCAUCUUCCUUUAAAAGGACUCUGUGUGUGGCCUUGUCAAAAAUAGACCAAAUCCAAUUACUUAAAAGAACUCAAAGCAUUUGAUGAAGAUAAGAUUUAUGAUUGUCAUGGUUUAACCCCAGCCAGCAACUAGGACCAUGCACCCCCACUCUGAGUAGGGUAGGGAGAAGAGGGAGAAAAAGGAAAAAAAUCCACUUGUGGGCUGAAAUAAAGACAGUUUAAUAGAACAGUAACGGAAAAGUAAAUAAUAGUGAUAAGAGAAUAUACAAAAUAAGUGCUGCAAUACAAUUGCUCACCACCCAAUGAUCAAUUGCCCAGCCUGUCCCAAGCAGCAGUUGUGGAUUUCUGCCCCCCGGUCAACCCCUAUUUAUAUAUUGAGCAUGAUGUGUGGACUGUUCCUUUGUCCAGCUUGUCCUGUCUAUGCUCCCUCUCAGCUUCUGUGGGAAGCUGAAAAAGUCCUUGACUUAAUAUAAGCAUUAUUUAACACAUAUUGGUUUAGUUGUGGCUAUCAACAUUAUUCUCAUACUAAAUCCAAAACACAGCAGCUACUAGGAAGAAAAUUAACUCUGUCCAAGCUGAAAUCAGGACACUGGUUAAAUGACACUUUACUGAGCUCAGUUGUAGAGAUUCUUCAUUUAAUAAAGGUGAGUAAAUGCAGCUUGGGUCAUGAGAAAUAUGGGCAAAAAUCUUUCUCAUUUAUACCUACUUGCAGAAAUCUUACUAGAACACAAUGAAGAUUUUUCCUCAGGAAAAGACCAAGGACAGCAGUAUAAUAAAGAUUCCCAUGGUAAAUGGGGAUAGGCUAUACAGCUCUCUAGAUUAUGAUAGCUACCCUCUUCCAGUGACUUUCUUCCAUCAUUUGCAUGACUGCGUAUCAAUUUUUAAAGUUAGACAGGCCAUAAUACUUUGCUAAUGACAUCUUUGGCAUUUUGGGGAGCUUUCACAGACAGACCUUUUUUUUAUUUUAUUAUACUGAGGUAGGGGGAUGGUGGGGGUUGUUAACAAUAAUUGUGCACUAUAAUUAGCAAGUUGGAAAUUUGGGAUUAAUUUUCAAUGUAUCUUCCCAGGCAUCAUACUGUACAUACUGUGGAUGCCAAACCAUUAGCAAAGAUGGGAAUAGGACUGGGAAAGCAAAGUCAAUACAACAAAUGUAUUGAUUUUAUUCUUGAAAAUGACUGUUUUUAAAAUGGCAUGAACCAAGUCAUUAAAGAUACUUUCUAGAAGUCCUCUAAAGUUGCACAUGGUUAUUAAUCUCUGGUUUAUAAGCAUAUAGUUCUGUAAAUGUUUCCAGCCAACAUGAUAGUGAAUUUAUUCCAGCGUGGAAGUUCAGCUUGUCAAGCUAUUGGUGUCAAUAGCAUGUACAUCUUCCAGCUUCUGGAAGACUAUACAAACGAUGUAUGUAUGUCUGUCCUGCUCCCAUGUUAGUUCAUUAAUAUCUUAAUUUGACACCUCUCUUCUAACUUGCUAAUUUUUUCAGAUCUGUUUCUAUGAGACUAUCGAGUUAACUUAAAAAGUUGGUGCUUGCCUACCUGUACCUUGUGCAUUGCUGGUGGUGUGGAUUUUUAGUCUGUUUUAUAUGUGAAGAUCCUCCAAGUUCUCCUAAGUAGUAUAAAUUCCAGUUUUCAAAGUCA